UCAUAAUGAGCAGAGGAGAGAGAGUGAGAGAGCUGCCCCGAAAGUGAUGCAUAAAUGAUAAUUUUCUAGCGGAAGCCAAAAGGGUUGGAAAUGUAAACUAUUCUAGCGUAGUAGAGAUGUCUUGGAGGCUUUGAGCUAGGAAAUUAUAAAAUUUAAUUACCGAGUUAUCGUUAUUAUUUUUGUUUGUGUUGUUGUAACGAAAGAAUUGAAGCCAAAGAAAAGUGGGUUAUGCAUGUUAAGUAGGGUUUGGAUGUCAGUGGUAGAGAUUGAAAGAGGCUAAGCCCUUGGCCAAAAGGAAAACUCUAGUUCUGAUCAGAACCACAUUGGGGUGAAAAUUAAGACAAUGAACAUAUCAUCUCAAACCUUCAUCUUAAAUCUGGCGCCUCAGAUGACCAGAUACAAGCAGGGAGUAGAGGAGUUUGUUAUGCCUAGCCUGAAUUGUAGAAGUUUGUGCCUCUCACGCCAGUGUAGACAUAAUGCAGGAGAUCUUUUCAAAAGGAAGGAGAGUAUAUAUCGUCCUACUGUAGUUCUCCACUCAGACUCUCAAAUUGCUUCUGCUUUUGAGGAGUUCUCUAUCUGUUCUACCAAUAUCAAUGAUGUUGGAGAGCUAAAGAUAAGCAUAGAGGUAUCUGGUACCAAAACUCAAAGUAUCUUUGAUGAUGUCUUUGACAAAAUGGUUGCUGCAGCCCAGCCAAUUCCAGGGUUUCGAAGAGUAAAAGGAGGACGACCAGGAAAAACACCAGAUAUACCAAAAGACAUUUUAUUAGAGGUGCUUGGACCUUCCAAAGUGUUCAAGGAAGUAAUCAAGAAAAUUGUCAACUCUACCGUAGCUGAAUAUGUGGAAAAGGAGAAUUUGAAAGUUGGCAAAGAUUUGAGAGUUGAGCAGAGCUUUGAAGAUCUUGAAACAACUUUUGAACCUGGACAGAAGUUCAGCUUUGAUGCCGUAGUUCAACUUCUACAACAGGAUUGAGUUGUUUCAGCAUCUGUUAUCCUGGAUUUUGUGGCAUAAUCAUUCCUUUUAGAUACACCAUAGGUCCAUAUUGAGACAGAGUCAGAAAAGGGCAAGGAUUAGGUUCCCAACACGCACAGUUGCUCUUCGAGGCUGUUUUGAUCAUCCACGGCUUUCCUGUAAUUCUUAGCUAACAAAGCAUCAUGAAAUUAUUGCAUAUCACCAAUUAAAGUUAGUGUGAAUGGUAAAAACUCUUGUCAUUUAAGUAAGUGGUUUGGGAGUUCAAAUCCCAACCCUUGCAUAUAUAGCAACUUAAUUAGAAGAGGUUUACUGUUUGCUUUCAGUAUCUCAUAGGAGAUAAUCUCUAUUGUUGGCGGAGUCUACUCUUUAUGCUUACCUGAAAAAUAAAUUUUGCUGCAUGUCCCCAAAGACUAGACAUUCCUUCCACCUUGGACAACACAUGUUUUCUCAUACUUGCAUAUGCAUAGUAUAUUUCUGCCUCCCACUGAACCAUACCAGGUACCAAAAGUUAUUUGUUACUCGUGAGCUUUCAUUUUCAUGUUUAUGAUUGAUUGUACUAUAACGCUACUAGAUAGCUAGGAACUUGCUCUUCCAUUUUCUUUUUUUCCUCCCUGUUUGGCCGUACAAGAUUGAUUCCAAAUAGUUUCUUAAA